AAAAAAAAAACGAGGAGAGCGGUAAGCGCUUGGUGCGUUCGUGCGUGGCAGUGUCGCGUGUCCAGCGUAUAGAUAUAUACGUAGCUAAGAGGAAGAGCAGGGGAAGAAGAACGAGGAGGCAGGACGGAGCGGCUCGUCGUAAGGACGGAGGAGCCGCGGCGCGAUGGCGGUGAGAGGGCGACGUCGCCGCCGGGAGGACGAUGACUACCGCGUCGGAGGAAGUGACGACGCCCGGCCACCGCUGCUUACGUUCCUGCUGCUCCUGCUACCGAUCAUCGAUGCCUCCAAGGGAAUCGUUCCAGGCAAUGGCAGCGGUCCGGGUGGUAGCAGCGUCAUCGGCACCGUCGGCGACACCAGCACCGGCUGUUCUCUGGGCAUGUUCAAGUGCCAAGACGGCAAGUGCAUACCGUCCUCCUACGUGUGUAAUUACCAACGCGACUGCGACAACGCCGAGGACGAGUUUCAAUCCUGCCCUCCACCCGAGUGCGAAGCCGGUCACUUCACCUGCAGCCAGUACAACUUCAACAAGAUAUACUGCGUACCGCCGUACCAGCGAUGCGACAGGGUUGUCGACUGCGUCGACGGCACCGACGAGGCUGGAUGCAACUACCGAAAGUGCCAGUCGGACGACAUAAGGUGCGGCAACACGACGGUGGAUUACUGUCUGCCGAAGGAGAAACGCUGCGACGGCUACCUCGACUGCAGGGACGGCAAGGACGAGGAGAACUGCCCGAGCUCGAGGGCGCCCUGUCGAUUGGAUCAGUUCCGGUGCAACGAGACUCAACGAUGUAUCGACCAGACCCUCAGGUGCAACCACAAGGACGACUGCGGCGACAACAGCGACGAGGAGCACUGCAGUUUCCCGGCCUGCACGAUCGACCAGUUCAGAUGCGCCAACGCCCUGUGCAUCCCCAUGAGCUACCAAUGCGACGGCUACAAGGACUGCGACGACGGCUCGGACGAGAAGAGCUGCACGGCCAUCGUGUGCCCGGGCAACAAGUACCUCUGCCCGAAGGGAGCUGCCGGCAAGCCCCUCUGCAUCAACAGGUCCCAGCUCUGCGACGGCAAAAAGGACUGCGACGACGGCAGCGACGAAGAAACCGCCUGCUCGACGCACAUGUGCAACACCCUUGGGUGCCAGUUCCAGUGCCAGGCGUCGCUCACCGGAGGUGUUUGCUACUGCCAGGAGGGCCGCGUGCUCGCCAACGACUCCCGGACCUGCAUCGAUCGAAACGAGUGCCUCGAGUGGGGCUUUUGCGAGCAGUUGUGCACAAACACGGACGGCGGCUACAUGUGCGGCUGCGGGCCGGGUUACACGCGCUACAGCAAGAGCCGGUGCCGGGUGACGGACGCCGAGCCCCUGGAGCUCCUCAUCGCUCAGGAGAGGGCCAUCUGGCGGGUGUUGCCAGGCAGCGGCAACGACGAGCGCCACAUCGUCGCAAACACGACCGGCGCCAGUGGCUUGGACUUUCACUACGAGCGGAACUUGGUCUUUUGGAGCGACAUCAAGACCCGCAAGAUACACUCGCAGUCGUUGAAAGGUUCGUUCAAUUUGGCUCGACCCCACUUAUCGCGCCCGGGCUCGUGGGCCCCGGUGGCCCUGGCGGUCGACUUUGUGGGCGACAAGUUGUACGUGGUCGACUCCAUGGUCCAAAAGAUCGACGUUUUCGAGCUGAACGGCCAUUACCAUGGGAUUGUUCUGGGCUCGAAUUUCAGCAGUCCCACGGACAUAGCGCUCGACCCGCUCGUCGGUCUCAUGUUCGUCGCCGACAGCAAGCAAGUCCUGCGGGCCAACAUGGACGGGACCAACGUCUUUCCCAUCGUCUCGGAGGCCGCGUACAAGGUCUCGGGCAUCGCUGCCGAUCUCAUCGCCAAGCGGGUCUACUGGUGCGACUUGCUGCUCGACUACAUCGAGACGGCCGAUUACAUGGGCCGCAACCGCGUCAUGGUGCUCAGGGGCAGUCAGGUUCCCUCGCCGAUCAGACUGACGUUGUUCGAGAACAAGGUGUACUGGACGGAUAGUUCGAAGCAGGCGGUGCUCAGCGUGGAGAAGACCCAGAGCGAGAACUCGGUGAAGAGCGUGACGAAGCUGAGGGACGCCAAGGCCAUAAAGGCCCUGCACUCGCUGGCCCAGCCUAAACCAGCCCUGAAUCCUUGCGGCAACAACAACGGGGGCUGCCAACACAUGUGCAUCGUCACGGCGGCUGGUGGCAAGGAGACCGGCCUCGGUUACCGCUGCGCGUGCGAUAUCGGCUGGAGGCUGUCGACCGAUCUGCGCAACUGCGUGCCCGUGCAAGAGUUCCUCAUGUACUCCCAGCAAAGGUUCAUCAAAGGCCGGGUCCUGGACCCGGUGACCGAGAGCUUCAGCGACGCUAUACUGCCGGUCGUCUCGCGGCGGGCCCGCUUCGUCGGGCUCGACUACGACGCCCACGACGAGCACAUAUACUACAGCGACGUGCUCCAGGACGUGAUAUACCGUGUCCGACAGAACGGCACGGGCCGGGAGAUCGUCCUGGCUAGUCAGAACGAGGGCGUCGAGGGCCUAGCCGUCGACUGGGCCGCCAAGAACCUCUACUACAUAGACUCGCGCAAGGGCACCCUCAACGUACUCAGUACCCGUAACGUCACCUACCGGCGCACCCUCCUCAAGAACCUCAAACGGCCCCGGGCCAUCGUCAUCCACCCCAACCACGGCUACAUAUUCUUCUCCGAGUGGGACCGGCCGGCAAACAUAAGCCGGGCCCACGCCGACGGCUCCAGUCUCGUCGUCUUCAAAAACCUCACCCUCGGCUGGCCCAACGGCCUGGCCAUCGACUUCACCAAGGACCGGCUCUACUGGUGCGACGCCCUCCUCGACCACGUCCAACACUCCAACCUCGACGGCACGGACGUCCGCAACGUGAAUUCCCGGCUGAUCCGGCAUCCCUUCUCCAUCGCCAUACACGACAAGUGGAUGUACAUCACCGACUGGCGGCUCGACGCCAUCGUCCGCAUGAACAAGGAAACGGGCGAGCAGGAGGCCAUUCUGGUCAGGGAGCCCUCGACCAACCGGCUUUACGGGGUCAAGGUCUUCAGCCGGGACGUCCAGAGGCCCAACAACGAGCACCCGUGCACGAUAAACAACGGCGGCUGCGAGAAGCUCUGCUUCGCCGUGCCCAAGAACCAGACCAACAGCCGGUUCCUCGGUGGCGUGACCCUGGCGAGGAUCUGCGGCUGUCCAUACGGCGAGAAGCUCCAGGAUGACGGCAAGACGUGCGUGGAGGACCGCGAGGCGGAGCCACCUCUGCUGGCCUGUCCUAACGCUUGGGACUUUACGUGCGCGAAUCAGCGUUGCGUGCCCCAGUCGUGGGUGUGCGACGGUGACGACGACUGCCUCGACAACAGCGACGAGCGCCAGAACUGCACGAAGCCGACAUGCAGCGGCAAUGAGUUUCAGUGCAAGGCCGGGCGUUGCAUACCGAUGAGCUUCAGGUGCGACGCGGAGAACGAUUGCGGGGAUUACAGCGACGAGACCGGCUGCCCGAACAUCACUUGUAGCUCGAGUCAGUUCACGUGCGACAACAACCGUUGCAUACCGGCCAAUUGGAAGUGCGACUCGGAGAACGAUUGCGGCGACAGUUCGGACGAGGGUGAAUUCUGCGCUGCCAAGACCUGCUCGUACUUUCAGUUCACCUGUCCCCGGUCAGGCCACUGUAUACCCCAGUCGUGGGUUUGCGACGGCGACGACGACUGCUUCGACAAGCAGGACGAGAACGACUGUCCACCAGUCACGUGUCUGAGCACCCAGUUCACCUGCGCCGACCAGAAGAUGUGCGUCCUCGAGUCGUACAAGUGCGACGGCAUAUCCGACUGCAAUGACGGCUCCGACGAGGUGGGUUGUCCGUCCCUGGCGCCGGAUCAGUGCAACGCGGACAAGCAGUUCCAGUGCGCGAGCUCGGGCAUCUGUAUACCCAAGAGCUGGUACUGCGACGGCACGCCCGACUGCCACGACAAGUCGGACGAGCCCACGACCUGCGGCAAAGUCGACUGCCAGCCGGGUUACUUCAAGUGCCGCAACUCCCACUGCAUAUUCAAGGCUUACAUAUGCGACGGCAAGGACGACUGCGGCGACGGCUCGGACGAGGACGCGAGGACCCACGCUUGCGCCCCGCCGCCCUUCAAGUGCGAGUCAGAGCAGUGGCAGUGUCCCAACGUCACCAACCAGUGCGUCAAUCUCACCAAAGUUUGCGACGGUAAAGUCGAUUGUCCCCACGGCGGUGACGAGGGUCCGGGUUGUGAUUUGAACGAGUGCUCGGAGUCGCACCACUUUGGCCUGUGCAGCAACAACUGCACCCAAACGCCUUUCGGUGCCUUGUGCACGUGUCCCUCGGGCGAGGAGCUGGCCGAGGACGGUUUCACCUGCCGGGACGUCAACGAGUGCGACCCGCCGGGCAGAUGUUCCCAAAAGUGCGUCAACACCAAGCGCAGCUUCUACUGCGAGUGCGUUGACGGUUACACCCUGGACGCCGACAAGCACACCUGCAAGGCCUUCAACCACAGCUCGGCGUUCCUCAUCAUCAGCAACCGGCACACCAUACUCGUCGCCGAUUUGCAAGAUCAGGCCUUGGAGCGGGUGCCGACGAGCGUCGAGAACGUCGUGGCUACCGCGAGCAACAUGCACACGGGCACCAUUUUCUGGUCGGACAUGAAGCUCAAGAAGAUCUCGAGGCUCGACAAGGGCAGCUAUCCGCAGGACGUGAUAUCGAGUGGUUUGGACCUGGUGGAGGGUUUGGCGUACGAUUGGAUCGGGCAGAAUCUGUACUGGCUCGAUUCGAAGCUCAACACGAUCGAGGUGGCCAAGGAGAACGGCCAAAACCGCAUGGUCCUGGUCAAGGAGAACAUCACGCAGCCUCGGGGCAUGUGCCUGGAUCCGAGUCCGGGUGCGCGCUGGCUGUUCUGGACCGAUUGGGGCGAGAACCCGCGGGUCGAGCGUAUCGGGAUGGACGGUAGCUCUCGCAUGGCCAUCAUCACGACCAAGAUCUACUGGCCGAACGGCUUGGCCCUGGACAUAGCGACGAAGCGGGUGUACUUUGCCGACAGCAAACUCGACUUUAUUGACACGUGUUUGUACGACGGUACGGAGCGGUUGCAGGUUCUGGCCAGUUCGCACUAUCUGCUCCAUCCGCACUCGUUGACCCUGUUCGAGGACACGAUGUACUGGACCGACCGUCAGCUCAACCGGGUUUUGUCCGCCCACAAGUUCAAGGGUGUCAACCAGACGGUCGUGUCGCACGUCAUCUCCCAGCCGUUGUCCAUUCACGUUCAUCACCCGGUCUUGCAGCCCAUCACCCCGAAUCCCUGCGCCAACGCUUCGUGCACGCAUCUUUGCCUGCUGUCGCCUUCGGCGACCCUAGGUUUCACCUGCAAGUGUCUCGUUGGGUUCAAGCAACUGUCGGACGGAAGGUGCAUCGAAGAGGACACGCCCUUCUUGAUGGUCCUCAGAGGCUCGCAGAUCGUCGACGUGUCGUUGACACCUGGGGACUCCAAGAGCGGAUACAUUACUCCUGUGGUUGGAGUCGAGGGAGGUAGAUUCAUCGAUUACGACAGACAGGAGCACAUGGUGUACUGGCUGCAGUCCAAGGACAACGGCGAGGACACGGAGAACGGAACGCUUUACAGUAUGCCUUACAUCGGUGGAAAUCGGACGGAAUUCCCAAACCCCCAAGACUCUGGUAUCGUUGGUUCUCCCUCGACGUUUGCCAUCGAUUGGCUGGGUCGCAACAUUUUCAUCGGCAACAAGAUCGCGUCCAACAUCGAGGUGAUCAAAAUCGACGGCGAAACCAAGUACCGAACGAUCGUCCUCGCCAACGAUGGUAACAAGACGUCCGUAGCGAAGCCCAAAUCAAUGUGCUUGGAUCCACUGGAGGGUCACGUGUUCUGGAUCGACGAGGGCGGAUUCGGCGUGCCAAACAAGAUCGGCCGCGUCAACAUGGACGGCAGCAGUCCCAUCAUCCUCACCGAAAACGAGCAAUGGCUCGAGUCAAUAACCAUCGACAUAACAAACAAGAUGAUUUAUUAUAGCACCGCCCAUCCGGGCUACGUGAAAUCCAUGAGCACCGACGGAGGAGACAGUCGCAAUGUUUUGUCGAGCAUCAACAACAUUGCUGUGCCCAAAGCACUGGCUGUUCACGGUUCGAGGUUGUAUUACUUGGAUCCUGCGUACGAAAAAAUCGAGAGGGUCGAUUUGCCCGACGGGGACAAUCCGACGAUGAUCCUGCACAACGACGCUGACCUGAAGACCCUGACGAUUUACAAGAAACGACUGACCGAUACGUCGCACCCGUGUCUGACCAACAACGGUGGCUGCGAUCAGAUUUGCCUGCCAUCGAGUUCCGGCAGCCGGACUUGCGCCUGUGGCAUGCAGUACAGAAAAGUGGGGCAAACGAGCUGUGAGUCGUACAAGACGUUCCUGGUCGUCACGCAGCUCGACGUCGCUCGAGGCUACAGUUUCAAGGACGCCAAGGAGGCCAUGGUGCCGAUCGCGGGUCCGGGUCAUCAUAUUCUUCACGUGGACGUGCACUACGCCCAGAACUGGAUCUACUGGGUGGAGUUCAACCGCGGCACGUGGAACGGUAUCUUCCGUAUCCGACCGAACGGCACCGAACUCCAGCACAUCAUCAAAUCCGGGAUCGGCUCGAACGGCAUCCGCGGCCUCACCGUCGACUGGAUUGCCGGGAAUCUCUACUUCUCCAAUGUAUUUCCCCACGACAAUUACGUCGAGGUUUGCCGACUCGACGGCAGCCAUCGCAAAGUCAUUGUUAAAACGACGAUAGAUACGCCUCGGGAGCUCGCCGUCAAUCCUAUUAGGCGAAUGCUCUAUUGGAUCGAUUACGGACAGUAUCCGAGGAUAGGCAAAGCGUUCCUCGACGGUAGUAACUGGAAGCCCAUUGUCACCUCUGGCAUCAGUACACCCCGUGACCUGACCAUUGAUUAUGCCACCCAUGACGUUUAUUGGGUGGAUUCCAAGUUGGACACGAUUCAGAAGGUUUCGUACUCUGGCAGCAAUCGACAAGUCAUUAGACGCAAUCUACCGAACCCCAUGGGUGUCGCUGUAUUUGGCAGUGACGUGUACUGGGUCGAUCGAAAUCUCGCCAGCGUGUUCCGUGCCAGUAAAUUACCCGGCAACAAUAGCCUGCCAACGGCCAUGCGGACGAAUUUGCCGAAAUUACGUGACAUUGCCAUUUACGACAAAAGCGCUCAGCCGACUGACGACAGUAAUCCAUGCAGCAGAAACAACGGCGACUGCGGUCAGCUUUGCUUUGCCUUCCCGCGCGACAAUCGCGUCCAAAUCAAAUGCGACUGCGCUAUCGGCAAGUUGUCGAACGACCAAAAGAGCUGCGAGAACGUUGCAGAGUACCUAGUUUUCGCCACUCGCACCGAAAUCAGGGCCAUUAAUUUGGAUCCACGUGAUACGUCGUUGCCCUUCAAGCCGAUCGUGAAUCUGACGAACGUCGUAGGUGUUGAUUUCGAUUACGAGGACAACCGCAUCUUUUUCACCCAAAUACGACCAUGGGCCAAGAUCGCCUGGCUGGAUUCGAGCCAUCCAGCUACCUCCCCGAUCACAAAUGUCCUCGGCAAGAACAUCAAUCCCGAGGGUAUAUCCUACGACUGGACCCAAAAGAAGAUCUACUGGGCCGAUUCGUCCAACAACAGCAUUUACGCCAUGAACACGGACGGCACGAGUCUCGUUAUGAUAGCGAGGGUCGACAGGCCCAGAGCCAUCGUCGUCGACCCUUGCAACGGUUCCUUGUACUUUACCGACUGGGGGCGGUUCAGCAUCUCCGGGAAGAUCUUCAGAACGACCAUGGCUGGUUCCUUGAAAAAAGCCAUCAUCGAGAAAGAUUUAGCCCAGCCCAGCGGCUUGGCCAUCGACUACGAAGAGAGAAUGCUCUACUGGACGGACGCAAUUAAAGAAAAGAUCGAAAGAUCCGACCUCGACGGCAACAACCGCGAAGUCCUCAUACCCGCGUCCAUCUAUCCUUUCGCCAUUAUUGUUUUCCGCGAGCACAUCUACUGGACGGAUCUUCAACUUCGCGGUGUUUACCGGGCCGACAAGUACACGGGUGGUGACCGCAUCGAGUUGGUAAAACGACUGGAGGAUUCGCCGCGUGACUUGCACAUUUAUUCACCUGGUCGACAACAGUGCAAAGUUAACCCAUGCAACAUUAAGAACGGAGGCUGCGACCAGUCUUGUCAUCCUGGACCCAACGGUACGGUCGAGUGCAAAUGCGACGACAACAGCAGACUCGUGAACGAGAAUCGCAUGUGCGUGCCGAAAAAUGUCACCUGCGACUCGACCAAAUUUGCCUGCCGCAACGGCAAAUGCAUCUCUAAAAUGUGGGCCUGCGAUGGUGACAGCGACUGCGGCGACGGUUCCGACGAAGAUCCAAAUUAUUGCGCUUACCACUCGUGCAGUACGAACGAGUUUCGUUGCAACAACGGCCGUUGUAUCUUCAAAUCCUGGAAGUGCGAUCACGAGGACGAUUGCCAGGACGGCUCGGACGAGGAGGGCUGCGUGUACCGGCCGUGCGCCUCCGGUGAGUUCACUUGCGCCAACCAGCGUUGCAUACCGCAGGCCCAAGUUUGCAACGGCGUCAACGAUUGCAAGGACAACGUGACGAGCGACGAAACGCACGAGCGUUGUCCGCGCAACACCACCUGCCCGGCCAACCAUCUCAAGUGCGAGAAGACAAACAUCUGCGUCGAGCCGUACUGGCUGUGCGACGGCGACAACGAUUGCGGUGACAAUAGCGACGAGAACCCGUUGCACUGCUCCCAAAGAACCUGUCCCCAAAACAGUUUCCGUUGUCCCAACCACAGGUGUAUACCUGCUACAUGGUACUGCGACGGUGACGACGAUUGUCUAGACGGUAGCGACGAGCCGCCGGAAUAUUGCCACUCCGAGGGCAGAACUUGCUUCGGGGAUCUUUUCACGUGCGACAAUGGCCACUGCAUUCCCAGGAUUUACAUAUGCGACGGCGACAACGACUGCCUGGACAACUCGGACGAGGACGAGCGCCACCAGUGCAAUGACCGCAAGUGCGACGAGGAGACCGAGUUCACGUGUGUGGCGAACAAAGCUUGGAACCGUGCCCAGUGCAUACCUCAAAAGUGGCUGUGCGACGGCGAUCCCGACUGCGUGGACGGUGCCGAUGAGAACGUGACGCUGCACCAUUGCCCGGAGCCGGUGCCCUGCUCCGACAACCAGUUCACUUGCAACAACGGCCGGUGCCUGAAUCGCAGCUGGCUCUGCGACCACGACAACGAUUGCGGCGACGGCUCGGACGAGGGCAAGUUCUGCAACUCGAGGUACAAGCAGUGCACGGAAAACGAGUUCACGUGCCAGAACUUCAAGUGCAUCAGGAAGCAAUUCCAGUGCGACGGACAGGACGACUGUGGCGACCACUCCGACGAGGUUGGAUGCGGUGAGUGGAACUUGACGUGUCCUAAUGCCAACGAGUUCCGGUGCACGUCGGGUCAAUGCAUCGACCAGCAAUUGGUUUGCAACAAGGUGCUGGACUGCAACGACGGUAGCGACGAGCCCGCCCAUUGUAACGUCGACGAGUGCGCUCGGGUCGAGCUCAACCAGUGCGGCCAUCGUUGCGUCGAAACGCCAACUUCGUACUACUGCGAGUGCAAUCCGGGGUACAAGUUGCUCGAGGACGGCAAGGCUUGCGCGGACAUUGACGAGUGCACCGAGACCCCGUGGGUGUGCAGUCAGCAGUGCGAAAACACACCGGGAAGGUACUAUUGCAAGUGUAACGAGAAAUGGUACGACCGAGCACCGGACGAGCACACGUGCAAACGAAGGGACAACAUUCAGCCUUGGAUUAUUUUCACCAACAAAUAUUACGUUAGAAACAUGUCGAUAGACGCGUCACAGUACAGUAUCAUGCACCAGGAUCUGAUCAACGUGGUGGCCCUUGACGCGGAUUACGUCCAGGAGAUGCUUUACUUUUGCGACGUGACUGCCAAGGCGAUAUUCAGGGCUCCGGUGGCCGGUGGGGAAAAGGAAGCGAUAAUCCGACACAACAGUCUAGGCUUGGAAGGCAUUGCCAUCGACUGGGUCGGGAGGAAGCUCUACUGGCUCGACCGGCACGCAAAGCACUUGGACGUGUCCGAGCUCGACGGGACAAACAGAAAGACCCUGCAAAGCGGAAUAGCCGAUCCUCGGGCCAUCGUGGUCCAUCCUGGCACUGGCCACCUGUACUUCACGUCGUGGCACUUGCAAGCUUACAUCGGCAAAAUGGGCAUGGACGGCAGCAAUCUGACCCGCAUCCUCACCUGGAACGACGACAUUGCUUGGCCGAAUGCUUUGACCAUCGACUACAUCACCGACAAGCUCUUCUUUGCCGACGCUCAUCUCGAUUACAUCGCCUUUACGGAUCUCGAGGGCCACCAUCGCCGCAUAGUCUUGUCGGGCUCCUCCGUGCCCCACGUGUUUGCCAUUACGGUCUUUGACGAUCACAUCUACUGGACCGACUGGAAUCUCAAAACCAUCAGCCGGGCCGACAAGUUCUCCGGAGCUAAUCUCACCGUACUGAGGAACACCACCCACAGACCUUACGACAUUCACGCUUACCACCCACUCCGACAACUGCCCUACACGAAUCCUUGCGCCAACAACAACGGCGGCUGUUCUCAUCUUUGUCUCAUUGCUCCGCCGGCUAGUUCGUACCUUCUCGAGGGAUACGGACAGCCCGGUGUCACUUCGUACAAGUGCGCUUGUCCGAAUCAAUACAUCCUGGGGACCGAUGGCAAGACCUGCAUUGCCAACUGCACCAGUGGACAACACCGUUGCGGGCCACCGGACGAAAAGUGCAUAUCCUGGUUCUGGAAGUGCGACGGAGAAAAGGAUUGCAAAGACGGUUCGGACGAGCUAGCCAAUUGCUCGACAGCGCGAGUCUGUCGACCCGGUGUGUUCCAAUGCGCAAACAAGAAUUGCGUGCCAACGAUCACCGUGUGCGACGGCACCGACGAUUGCGGGGACAAGAGCGACGAAGCCAACUGCGCCGUCGAGUGCUCCGAUCUAGAGUUCAAGUGCAAAAGUACCGGCAGGUGCAUCCACGACUCGUGGAAGUGCGACAACGACGCGGACUGCAAGGACGGCAGCGACGAAGAUCCUGCGAUUUGCCAUAAUCGUACUUGCGAUCCAGAAACCGAGUUCAGUUGCAAGAACGGCAAGUGCAUCCCGAAAUUGUGGAUGUGUGACUUUGACAAUGAUUGUGGCGACGACAGCGACGAGCCGGCCUUCAUGUGUCGGCAACGCAAUUGCACCACGGGAUGGCAACGUUGUCCCGGUCACGCGAAUUACCGUUGCAUACCCAAGUGGCUGUUUUGCGACGGAAAGGACGAUUGUCGCGACGCGUCGGACGAAAGACCCGAGAACUGUCCAAAGUGCGAUCCAACGACCGAGUUCAAGUGUGCUAAUAACCGGUGUGUGCCCAAACAGUGGCUCUGCGAUUUCGCGGACGAUUGUGGCGACGGGAGCGACGAGUCCAAAGCAACCUGUGCCGGCAGGUACAGGGAGUGCACCGAGAGCGAGUUCAACUGCGCCAAUGGCAAGUGCAUAGCUUCCAGGUGGAGAUGCGACAACGAGGAUGACUGCGGUGACAGGAGCGACGAGGUCAACUGCCAAGAGUUCAAAUGCAAGAACGAUACGUUCCAGUGUGCCAGUGGCCAUUGCAUACCAAUUGCGUUGCGUUGCGACGGGGCUCGAGACUGCCAGGACAUGAGCGACGAGAUCAAAUGCACGCCCAAGUUUCCGGGUGGCAGGUUCUGUCCACCUACGCAGUUCCAGUGCGACAACAACUUGUGCGUGUCUUACUCCGACAAAUGCGAUGGCAGUGACGACUGCGGGGACGGCUCUGACGAGAAUCCAACCAUGUGUGCGACAUUCACGUGUGACACGACGAGGCGAUUCCAAUGCGCCAACCAUCGCUGCAUUGCCAAGUAUCUGUUGUGCGAUGGUGCCGACAACUGCGGCGAUGGCAGUGACGAGAACAACAUGACGCUGUGCGCACGCAAGAUAAUACCGUGCAAUCCGAUUGCCGAGUACCAGUGUUCAAACAAAAACUGCAUAGACCGCCUCAAAAUCUGCGACUUUGCCAACGACUGCGGUGAUUUCUCCGACGAGUGGGGCUGCCAUCACAACAAGGUGUGCAACGAGGCAAACAGAGGCGGCUGCUCGCAUUACUGUCAGAACGUAACAGACUCUGGCUCAUUGGCCGUUGACGCCACGCCUCGAGGCUACAUAUGCGCCUGCUAUCCGGGCUACAUCAUAUCCAAGGACAAUCACAAGCAGUGCGAAGACAUAAACGAGUGCGAAGUGGGCCAGCACUUUUGCUCGCAACUAUGCACGAAUCUGAACGGCUCGUACUCCUGCUCGUGUCGCAACGGGUUCAAACUGUCCGACAAUCUGAGCGGCGUGUGCAAGGCCGAGGACGACGAGGUGAUGGUCGUGUUCGGAAGCGGCCAGGACAUCAGGGCGCUGAGUUUGCACAAGAACGAAGAGGUGGACGUUGUGCUGAACGAAAAACGCGUGAACGCUAUUGAUUACGACCCCAAGAAGAAUCUCAUCUAUUGGAUCGACAGCCACGAUCUGACGAUCAGGAGAUCCGCCAUCAUCGACGGCAAAAAGGUGCAGAUCGGAUUCGCGCAGGAAGUCCGUUCCGAUCCUAACGUGAUACCAACAAGUCUGGCGGUGGACUGGGUGUCUGGAAAUCUGUACUGGACGGAGAUCGAGAACAAUCCGGCUCAAAACGUCGGGCGGUUGUUGGUGUCGAAAGCCGAUGGCCGUUACAAGAGAAGCCUCGUGACGCAAAACCUCGAGUUGCCCACGGCAAUAGCCGUGGAUCCGCGACUCGGGCGGGUUUACUGGGCCGACGGUGGUAGCCAUCCAAAGAUCGAGGUCGCCUGGAUGGACGGUAGCCGACGCAAGGCCCUCGUGGUCGUGCGCCUCGGCAAACCCUCGGCCCUCGUCGUCGAUCACGCCAUGGACCACACGAUCUAUUGGGCGGACAUCAAACUCAACACCAUCGAGUCCAUACAGAAGGACGGGAACAACCGCAAAAUCAUCGUCAGCGGACAUCAGCUCAAACACCCGGUAUCGCUGGACGUGUUCGAGAGCCACAUAUACUGGACGACGCGGUCGAGCGAGCUCGUGCGACAGGACAAGUUCGGUAGAGGCGUGCCCCAAGUGAUGGUGCGCGAGCUGUCGAGUCCAGGUGGUGUGCGCGUGUACCACCAGAUGCGUUACAACACGACGUUAGUCGAUCCGUGUCAUUCGGUCGAGUGCUCGCAUCUGUGCGUCGCGGUGCCGCGCGGCUUCCGCUGCCUCUGCCCUGACCGCCAGACCACGGCUUUGACGUCGCCUCUCGUGAGCGACGUUGUCUGCGACGCGUCCGCUGCUGGUAUCUGCACAUGCCAUAACGGUGGUUACUGUAAGGAGGACAGCGAGGGUAAGCUGUUCUGCGUCUGUCCAAUGGACUUCCACGGGGACACGUGCGAAGUCGGCGUGGCUUCGACGAGUACGAGCCGGACGACCGCCUCGAUCAUCGUACCGAUCAUUGUCGCGAUGCUCGUACUACUUGCCGCUGCCGCUGUUUUCUUGGUACUCAAGAAACGACCAUUUGGCAAACCUGGACUUGGCGGCUUGACCGGUGCUCAGAGCGUCUCGUUUAGACAAGGCAGCAAUAUCGAGUUUGGCAGUCCGGGGGCCGAUCGAAUGGUGAGAAACGAUUGUUUGAUUAAAAAUUACAACCUUGCCGAGGUGAGCAAUAAGAACCGGGACUUUAGUAACCCGAUGUACGACGCUGUGAAUAUGGAGACGACGGGACCGGGUGGUAACAUGACGACCAACGGUACCGGGGGUCCCAACAGCAGUAUCUACGAGGUCCCAGCUGAAAUGAAACCCUCGAGUAUACAGCACAAGGAACCGCCUCAGUUGCACCUCAAGAGACGAGAACUCGAUCCCUCGUCCGUAGACUCGGGCAAGGAUACUCAGCAGCUCGUAGAGGAGGACAAGUCCGAGUCUUAAGAUUAUUUAUCUUUUUUUUUUUUUUAAUUUAAUAUAACUUUAUUUUCGAUCGUCAUCGU